AUGUCAAAUUACCUCAAGGAUGAAGCAGAAUACGAACAAAAUCAGACGGUUAUAAAAAGAGGUAGGGCAUUAGAUCCCAAGAUAGUUUCGCAAUACCUUCAGCUCUUUUUUAACUCCGCCAUUGGUGCAGUGGGUCUUUACAUAAUGAUGAAGUUCAUACAGUUAGUUAACAAGGACGUGCAGCGCAAAAUGGAGGACAGAGAAAUUGCAGCGAUGAAGAUUGCUCUUGACUGUCGCAACCAAUACUCAAUAAACAAAUGUCACCCAGAUGCCAGGGCACCCGCUCUCGAGCAAAAAUGUUCAGAGUGGUACUAUUGCAUGAAUCACGCAGACAAGAACAAGAACUUCCAGCAAUCUGCUACAUUAUGGGCAGAAACUUUGGCAGAAAUAUUGAAUGCGUUUUUAAAGCCCAUAAGUGUCAGAUCGUUGUUCUUUAUUCUAGUCACUUCCUGCGGUGUAAUUUUAGUUACCAACAUGGCCUUUUACAGCUACAGAAUACAGUAUUACGGCGUGACACGGGAUAAUGGGAGAUAA